ACAUCCACCAAGCCAUAUUCAAAGGAGGAGGAGAAGAUGGCCGCCAUUCUGAGGGAAAGAAUGAAGAAGAGAGAGGCCAAGAAGAAGGCCCUACAGGAGGAGCAGGCGGCCAAGUUGAGAAAGAUUGAAGAAGACAUGGCCAGAGAGAAGGAGAGAAUCAUGAAGGAAGAGAAGGCGAAGUUGAAAGAGGUGGAUGAGGAAGAAGAGGAAGGACCGCCACUGCAAAGGAAGAGUGGGUAGCACAGUGGCAGUAAGGAUGAAGAGAUGGAGGAGCGGAUUUCGAAAUGGGUCGCCAACUUGUCCCUGGGUGAAGAGGAAGAGGUUGCUAUGUACAUCCCCAAGGAUGAGCAAGAAGCCGCCAUGAAAAAAUGGGAAGCAGAGGAAGAUGUUCUGACGCGGCGGGCGAUGGAGGAUGAACAGAGGAUGGCGUGGAAGCUCGCGAUGAUGAGGGAGAAGAAGAGAAGAGUGGAGGCGGCGAAUGCAGCAAUACAAGAAUUGGAGGAGGUGCAAAAAUUGAGGUUACAAUUGACACCCCAGAUAGAUCUCGAGCGGAAGGUGGAGAUCAUCGCCCAGAGCGUCGAGCGUUUAGCCAAAGUGCAAGAAAAGCACUAUGAAUUUAGUCGUAGCCAGGAGAUAUCUGUGCGUUCGAUGCGAACGGGAUUACGGGACUUUGCUUGCGAGUUAGCAGGCGCUGUGGGGUCCGAGGUGAGUCACCGCCUCGAGAAGACUGAGUGUUUUUGCGUCGGCGACAUUGAGGGCGUCAACGCCGUCAAGGUGGCAGCUCCCAAGGAGAAGGAAACUCGUCCUCGCAGGGAGCCAGUCAAAGUCAAAUUCCCUGAUUCCUACAGUGGAAAAAGGGAAGAGAACUUUGACAAUUGGGAGGCCAAUGUCAGGACCUAUGUGCAUCUGCAACAGGUCUCCCCGGAUCAGCAGGUCCUAAUUGCGAUCCACGCGCUUAACGAUGAGGCCGCUAGUUUUGCAAGGUCCCUUGUUCGUGCUGCCAACUGCAGUGACGACCCAGUUGCAUACUCCACAUUCACCCCCCUCGUUGAGUUCCUGAAAUUGCUGCGCGAGCGAUUUGCUGAUGUCGCUCGUAGUGUUAAAGCGUCAGAUAGGCUGCAGACGAUCCACGCCCGCAAGUGGAAGAGAGCCAGGGCACUCAAGAGUACAAUGGAUGAGUUAGUGGCUGUCCGUGACCAUGGGGUUACGGACACCCAGUUGGUUGGCCUCUUCUAUCUGGCCAUACCCGAAGCCCUUCGAGGGCAUUUCUUCGCAAAGAGCGAAGACCCUACCACUACGUAUGAUUCUCUUAGUCGUGAAGUGGUGGCUUUUGAGGCCAAGUCUAUGUCAGUUUCCACCUUCUGGCACAAGGACUUGGACAAGGAGGGAGUCCAGGCGUAUUUCCGCCUAGCGAAGAAUGGGAAAGUGGAGAAGGUCCUCCACUCCCUGACUCUCCUCGUAGAAGACAGCCUCCCAUUCGACAUUGUCCUGGGGAUGGAUUGGGGAGAGGCAGCCGGGGCCACACUCCAUUUGAAGGAGCACGAGUGUAGGCUCCCUAGUUCUUCAGGCGAGGCUAAGACUGCCCGCCUGUUCCAUGUGUCAGGCGUAGASAAUUCCUUGGCGCAUUGCCGCCUUAGUGCACCCGCGUUCGCCAGAUUGGUGAAGAAGGAGAAACUGGAGGAAGAGGUCUUUGUCGCCUACGUUAGGCCGGUGGCUGAGCCUAUGGAAGAAAAGUCGAUGGACCCUUCGAUUGCCAAGCUGCUGGAAGAGUUCAAAGAUCUGAUUUACCCACCGACUGUCACGGUGCCGCGGCCCAUCCAGCACUGCAUUGAGAUAGAGCCUGGCAGUAGAACUCCUAAGGGUGCUGUGUAUAGGAUGUCCCCACGGGAGUUAGAGGAGCUUCGCAAGCAAUUAGACGAGCUCCUCGAGAAGGCUUGGAUUAGGCUCAGUUCGUCUCCGUUUGGAGCGCCUGUUCUCUUUUUCUCUAAGAAAGAGGGAGAGCUGAGGAUGUGUAUAGACUAUAGGGGUCUGAAUGCUAUUACAGUAAAGAAUGUUGAGCCACUGCCUAGGAUAGACGAUAUCUUAGAUCGAGUGCAGGGGGCGAACAGAACCCUCGAAGAGCAUCAGGGUCAUCUCAGGCAGGUCUUGGAGAAGCUGAGGGAAGCUAACUUCAAGAUCAAUGCAAAGAAGUGCGAUUGGGCGAAUUCCAAAGUUUUGUACUUAGGCCACGUCUUAGACGGAGACGGCGUUAAGCCAGAGGAUAGCAAGAUCGCAGCGAUUAGAGAUUGGCCCACGCCACGUACGCUGACAGAGUUGCGCUUGUUCCUGGUAGCUAAUUACUACCGGAAGUUCGUUAGGAACUUCUCCACCAUCGCUGCGCCCCUUCGCAGAUUGUUGAGGAAGGAAACUAUCUGGAAGUGGGAUAAGGACUGCAUGUCUGCCAUGAAAAAGUUAAAGCAGGCAUUGAUAGAGUAUCCAGUCCUUAAAGUCACCGACCUGUCCUUGCCCUUUGUCGUCACGACCGACGCGAGACAAUACGGCAGAGGCGCAGUGUUACAGCAAGACGAUGGCAAUGGGUAUAGACCCGUAGAGUUCAUGUCUGCCAGAAUGCCUUCAAAGAAGGUCGCGACAUCUACCUAUGAGAGGGAACUCUACGCUCUCAGGCAAGCCUUAGACCACUGGAAGCACUACUUGCUUGGGAGGCACUUCAAAGUCUAUUCAGACCAUGAAACGUUACGAUGGUUAAAGACGCAGGCCAAGAUGACACCUAAGCUUACUAGGUGGGCCGCAGAGAUAGAUCAGUAUGACUUCGAGCUCAAGCCUGUCAAAGGGAAGUACAACAUAGUCGCGGAUGCUCUGAGUAGAAGGGCUGAUUACUUUGGGGCGAUAGUGCAUUACCUUGAUAUAGGGAAGGACCUGCAGCAGAAGGUUAGUGAGGCCUACGAGCAGGACGCUGUUUAUAGUGACCUCCUUAAGAAAGUGAACGAGGCCCCAGAGACUGAGCCGAACCACCGCACUACUGAAGGGUUGCUAUUUGAGAAGACUAAUGUCUUUGACCGAUUGUGCAUUCCCAAUAGCGAAGAGAUCCGUAGUCUGAUCUUGGGAGAAUGCCAUAACACAGAGGGUCAUUUUGGUUGGCAGAAGACUUUAGCCAAUCUGAUGCGGGCAUAUACCUGGCCAGGGAUGAAGAAUGACUGCGUAGAGUAUGUUCGUACUUGUAAAGUUUGCCAGCGUAAGAAGACUACUACGCGUGACCCGUUAGGUCUUCUCAGACCCUUGCCCAUUCCGGAUCAGCCGGGAGACUCAGUGUCCAUAGACUUCAUGGACACUCAAGUCAAGAGUAGGCAUGGCAAGAGCCAAGUCAUGGUCAUAGUUGACCGUUUCAGUAAGUACGCAGUUUUUGUUCCUUUGCCUUCAGAGGCACGUACUGAUUUAGUCAUACAGAGGUUCUUUGACUGUUGGGUUAGUGAGAAUGGAAUCCCGCUGUCUAUAGUUAGCGAUAGAGAUAGUCGCUUUACCAGCCUGAACUGGCAAGAACUCAUKGGAGUAUACGGAUCUAAGUUAUUGAUGUCGUCCGGCCGUCAUCUAGAGACUAACGGUCAGACAGAGCAAAUGAACAAGAUCCUACAACAAGUUUUGCGCAUGUAUAUCAGACCAGAUUAGAUUAACUGGGAUGAGAUGUUACCCAAAGUAGCUAGUGCGUACAAUAACAGCGUGCAUCUGUCUACAUGUCGUACUCCCAAUGAACUGCACAAGUCCUU